CCCUGCGGCCACGUGGAAAGGGUUGGCGUGGCAGCUGGUCCGGGUUCUCGUUUGGGGAGACUCCCCUUUCACAGAUUGCUGCAUCGGGCUUCUAAUCCUCAGACGGAACGCGUGGGGUAUUAGGGGAGGGGGCGGCCGGAGUAGCUAUAUAUGCGCCUCUCGUUCGUAGCAGCCUUCCGAGUUUCGAUGGCGGAUUGCUCUUAAAAAAAGGUUCCUAAACCGCUUCUGGAAAAUUAGGAGGAGGAUAGUUGGACUGGGGAAAAGCUGAUGGAGAUCCACACCCAGUUUUCUCCACGUUACGGAAUUUGUGUCACAGUAACUAGAAGAAGCACAUUUCACUAUCAUGGCUGAAGAUGAGAAAAGGCAGUUGCUUGAAUAUAAUCAGAUGAGGGAAUCGAGAUGCUUGCUAGAAGGAAAGAGUGAAACUUCGUGGCUCAGGCCCCAGAAAAAGCAUUUUCCUCAAAGUAAUCAGGCUUCAGCAGAGAACUACAAAGAAGAAAAAAAGGAGGAUGACAGUGGCAGGACAUCCUGGAUAAAAAUAACUCCUUCUGAUCAUAAAGAAAAAAGGCAUUUUCCUGAAAAAAACAAUGCAAUUUUUGGAUGAGAGGUCUUAUUAGAAGCAGUUUCUCUGCUGGAGUACUGAAGUUGUGUGCAUUUUACCUAAUUGAAAAAACAAGUGUGUUGUCUGUGUGUGUACGCAUGUAUACAUACAUACACAAAUAUUCAUUUUUGAGAAUGAACUUAGCUACAAGAUUAUGGUUGAUUUUUAAAAUGGAUUUGCAUGGAUUAUACAAAAUAAAACAUAGUAUGAUGAAAUAAAUGUCCUUCGUUUCAGAAUUAUUUUCUCAGUAUUCCCCAUAAUAAUCAUAUGAGGCUGGACAGUA